AUGAAUACCAUCAUAAACAAACAACAAGGCCAGGUGAUUGUAUUUGUGCUCUCGUCUGAAGACGAAGCAGUUCCAAAGAAAGUAAACCAAGUCACGAUUGCCAAAAUGAGGGCAGUCCCAGAUAAAGCUCUCUAUCGCUGCCAACAACUCGUUCAGGCAGAACUGGCAGAAGGCAUUGAACAGAUCGGAGACGCCGCUUUCAGCUGGUGUUCUGCUCUCACCAAUGUAUCUGUCCCGCCCACUGUAAACAUUAUUGGGACGUGGGCUUUCGCAUACUGUUCUUCGCUCCAGUUCUUGGAUCUAGCAUAUGGUCUCAAAGAAAUUGGAGACCAAGCACUUCGAGGCUGCAAGUCCUUAAAGAAGCUCGUUGUCCCAUCCACUUGUGCGCGGAUUGGCAAAGAAGCUCUUGCACACUGUCCUGAAUUGACCUCGGUGGAACUUGCUGAAGGUCUGAGGGAGAUUGGUGACAAUGCGUUCGUUGGAUGUUGUAACUUGAAGAAUGUUGCCCUUCCAACUACCCUCAGCAAAAUCGGAAAGGAUGCUUUCCACAAGUGGAUGCUGCGCUUCCGACGAAUGAGUCGGGAGGCGACGGACACUAGGCUUCUUGACGCCCUAAAGGGCAGAUUUAUUGAGCUUCCCAUUCAUAAUAUUUGCUAUUUCCAAGCGCACCACCUGACAGACACCACGGAAGUACGCUUGCAGCAAGCCAUUCAGAAGAAUCAUUUUACUGGUUUCGAAGCCGAUGAAUUUGGCAUGACUCCCCUGCAUAUUCUUGCCAUCUCAGCCAAACCAAACAUCCGUCUCUUCAGGCUAAUGUUGAAGGAGUAUCCCGAGAAUCUUGUGGUUAAAGACCGAUGGGGGAACUUUCCGGUGCAUUACGCCUGUGAUUCCUACGCUCCUACCGAGAUAAUUCAGCUUCUCCUCGACAAACACACCUGUGUCGCUACAAAGGCAUCCAUGGAUUGGAAACGUCUGAUGAUGCUCUCGUACGAGAACUGUUCUGAAGAGGCAACUAGAUGUGUUGUCCGCUCAAGCAUUGCCGAUCGCAUGUCCUUCUUAGGUUUGCAGCUCUGGAAAGAUGACAUCCACAGCAUUGUAAACGAGAUUUCAGAAGGAAUCAGCUUCGUUGAAUUCCGAAGAAUAACUGAGAGGAUUCAGUCUACCUUGGAGUCUUAUGAACUAAAGGAAAAGCUGUCACAAUUGGAGUUGGCGCUUUGGGAAGCACAGCUACAGAGAGACUCUCCAGUUCUGAAAAGAGAUGCUAACCAUCGAAGUGACUGCCGUAUUGUUUGUGGCGUCGCUAUUGUUGUACCAUACGUUUUGUCCUUUCUUGGUGACGAGCUUCGCAUGGGAAGCAGGAGAGAGGAUUAA